CAAGAACUGUAUGGAUCAAAGUUGACUCCAUCAACCAAAGUCUACAGUACAGUAUAAUACACAACUUGAAAUUAACUGUUGUGUUAAGCUUUAACAGUACGACUAGAGAUCCCAUGAAUAUAUGUUCAUGGUAGGGAAAAAAUUAUCGAGUUUUCAAUUCCCUGACGACGUGUCAAAGUUAUCAUGUUUGAUAACAAUGUUCAAGUGUUGUGUUCUUGCCGUCCUUCCUGUGGAUAACAGCCCUUCCUGUUACCACCAUGGAAAACCUGCCAAGCCACAGAAUAAGGGACUCUAUGCUAGCUAUUUUCAAACGUUACAAUCUCUUAAGACUGCAGAGAGUUGGAAGUGAAACAGAAAAUUGCUGCACUGAAGUAGAAAAGCCUCCUUUCUGGGAUGUUGUAGUUUUGACAACUUAUGAUGCAGCACAGAAAAGAAGUUUUGAAAGGCAAAUUGAUUUGAAGAAACAGCAUGGCCAGUUACCUAAGGUUCCCAUUUAUGUGGUGGCUGAUCCACCCAACCAGAAGCUUGGAGUUGGCGGCUCUACACUCCACGUACUGGCUAAACUUCUUGAAGAAUUUGGAGAUGGACUUUAUCAAAAGAAAAUACUCAUAAUCCAUUCUGGUGGCAGCAGCCAACGGUUGCCCAGUUAUAGUGUCCUGGGGAAGAUAUUUGCACCUAUUCCUGUCAAAGAACUAAGUGUGGACUCAGCUGUGCCACAGAUGUUGGACCUCAAGUUAGCCAUGUAUCUUCCCUUUUGUGAGCUGCUCGGACCUGGUGUGUUUGUUACAUGUGCUGAUGAUAUUGAGACGUACUACCUCAGUGAAGAAAGUUUAGACAAGACAUCUUUGGCAUCAGCAGAUGUGGUAGCCUUGGGUCACCCCUCAAGCAUUUCUGUUGGAAAAGGUCACGGUGUAUAUGUGAUAGGAAAGGACAUUUCACAAUCAUUAAGAUCUCCAAACAGCAUUCAAGAAUGCAUGGAGGUGUUACAAAAGCCUUCAGAAAACAUCAUGCGAUCAAAAGGAGCAGUUUUUGUUAGGGAGGAUGGUUGCGCUUCAACUGAACAAGUAUGGAGUGACAGUGUGUUUUGGCUUAGUGGACAAGUUUAUCAAAGUCUUCUGCAAUGGUAUAAAAAAAAACACCCCAUCUCGUCAGAACUUGAUGCCUAUGCACAUUUUCUACCUUGCAUGGGUACACGAAUGGUCUCUGCCAAGUCAUCUGAUUUCCAAGAUUUUCGAUCUGAAUUGUUACCGAUUCUUCAAGGUUUUAGUUUAAAAGUUCUUCUCCUGAAUGAAUCUGAAUUUUAUCAUAUGGGAACCAUGGAGGAGUAUUUGAUGCAUUUUAAUGUUAUGGAAAGUUUCUGUGUAGAGUUAGGACUUAUGAAAAAUACAAGCAAUUCUGAUAGUCGCUGCAUAUUUAAAGUCACUGAGAAUGUACAACCAAUGUACUUGAAAAGUGGAAUGAUCAUCGAAACUUACUUCUCAAAUCCAACCAUCAAAAUAACACUAUUAAACUGCUCAACACAAUUUGUCAUUGAAAGUAGCCAGAUAUACUUGUCUUUUACAAUUCAAGAUAACAUAAUAAUGAGCAAUUGUACUCUUCAAGAAAGUACUCGCAUUACUUUGCUCUCUGACAACGUGAACCUGUUUGGUAACCUCCUUUAUCACACUGUACCAAUAAUAUCGGAAGGACAGCCAAUGUAUGUUACAGUAGCCUUUGACCUGACUGCCGAUAUAAAGAGAGUUUCAGAAAACUUGUCAGACAUUCACACUUAUGGCUGCAGCCUUACUGAUGUGUCUCGUAUUCUUGGUUUUAAGGUUGCAGAGGUGAUGCCCAGUCCCUCAAGCAGUGUGUCCCUCUGGACUGCUAAAAUAUUCCUGGGAGGCUCAACGGCUGCCGAGAGUUUCUGGCUAACACACCAUACCAUAAAUAAAAUUAAGAAUGAAAAGGAGGGAGAGCCACUACAGACUAACAUUACUAGAUGCAGAAGUUCACAGCUGUUCAGUAUGAGUGAUGUCAUAAUAAUGAAAGACUUGGAGACACUGUUGAGGGAUCGAGACCAUCUGUCCUCUUGUAUGAAAAACUAAAAUACUGUAUGUAAUAUUUUAUUUAUAUAUAAAAAGCUUCCCGUCCCUAAUAAUACAAAUUAUAUGUAAAUUUAUAUAUUUAAUAAUUCAUCGUGUCAGGAACAGGCAGCCUGUGUAUAUAUAUAUAUAUACUUUAGGCUUGUAUCAAGGUCUUCCCCUUCCCCCUGGUCAAACUACUGACUUUCUCCAGGAUGCAACCCUGCAACAGUUGCUCAACUCCUGUGCACCUGUUCACUGCUAGGUAAACAGCAGCAUUAGGUGAAAGGAAACAUGCCCAACCAUUCCUGUCCCACUCGGGAUUCAAACCUCGCAGAUUCCCGAGUGUGAAUCAAGAAUAAACCCUUAUAUACUGAGAAUCUUCAGUGACAAUUUUUUUUUUUAACAGUGGCACACUGACAAAAGGGCUUGCAAUUUAUGGUAAUCACCUACAAUAUUGCCCUGUAGCCUUCUGGGCAAGGCAUUUUCUUUUGACAAUUACUUUGUCAUGGGUGUAGAUAGAUGGUCAUAAAUUGUCCCCAGUAGUCUUCAGAUAGAAACCCUGAAAAGGAUAUUAAAUUUUAUCUUUGAAUUUAAUAUGGUUGCUGUUGGUGUUUUUAAGGAUAAAUAUCAACCAUAUACCAUUACAGAAUGUGUGAAUUAUACCUAUAGCAUAUAAUAUCUUUUUGAGACUGCCUGAUUGAUUCUAAGUACAGUACAGUACAUUACUGUAUGCUUAUUUUACACAAAAUGUGUCUUGAUACAAUACACUUGAGGUUUCAUUAUGUAAAGUGUAUUACAUUUUAAUUUUUGUGCACCAUACAAUUCAUGAGGAACCCAUUCCUUCUGAAGCUAUUUGUAAAUAAUUCGGUUGGCAUUCACUACUGUAAUAUGAUAAUUCCUACAUAUUUUUAAUACUCUGUUAAAGCAGAGUGGAUAUCAAACUAGUCAUAUAGAUUGUGGUGAGAUUUUAGCAAUGUAUUAAUAUAUGUUGUGGUGAGGCCUGUAUUUGUAUACGUUGUGGUGAGGAUAUGCAAGUAAUAAACUAUAGUCAAAUAA